AUGGGAAAUUCAAGAAGAUCAAAGAUUAAUAAACGAGUUGAAAGUGAAGGAGGUAACAAUAUGAAAAGAGUGAAACUUAACCAGUAUUCGAGAAGAAGAAAACAUGAGGAUAAAGGUGUGCGGGAAAUCAAAAAGCACAAGGUUUGUUCUUUUGGAGUGAAACCUAGAGUGUUGGAUGACUUGAUUAAAUUUGACAUUUUUGUACCACUUAUGUUUAAGGAUAUGAUUAAGCAAGCAUUGAGGCUUUAUAUGGUUGUUGAUAUCGUAGCCCUGUAUGUUGGGAUGAUUUAUGGGCAUAAUGUGCCAAAUGGAGCCAACUCGACAGGAUUGACUAGCAAAUUUUCAUGUUUAGAGUCUUUUAUGUCCUACUUUCGGUCCAAGGAGAGGGGGUCAGGGGGACAACGUAAACAGUAUCUAGAACUUAGAGUGGGGACUUGGAACAUAGGAACUCUAGAAGCCAAGUCGUUGGAGUUGGCCAAUGAGCUCUAUAAAUACAGGAUCCAUGUAGCGUGUGUUCAAAAGACUAGGUGGAAGGGGCAAAAAGCAAAAGGUAUAAAAGGAUAUAAGUUGUGGAUCAUUCUAGUUAGGAUAGUAGUGGGGGAAAAGAUCAUAUCAAUUGUCAGUGCGUACGGGCCCCAAGUUGGUCUCGACGAGCAGGUGAAGUGCGAGUUCUGGGAUAACCUAGGAGACCUCUUGAGAACUAUCCCAGAUGACAAGAAAGUUUACUUAGGAGGAGACUUUAACGGACAUAUAGGUAGAGAUGCAGACAAUAAUAACUCGGUACACGGUGGAUUUGGUCUGGGGGAAAGAGAUGCCCACCCAACACAAAAUUUUAGUACUGGUUUUCAAGAUGAGGAAGAAAAUCGUAGAGAAGAAGGUCGAGACCAGGGACAGAUCAUGUGGGGGAGACUUAAAGGGGAUAUGGCCACAACCCUGUCAACCAAGAUAAGUUUAGUGGGCUUUCCAAGACAGUCAGAGGAUGCAGAUGAAAUGUGGAUGAAAAUGGGGAAAACCAUUAGAAAAGUGGCAAUAGAGACCUUAGGGGUGUCGUUGGAGGAGGAUAGGAUAGAAAAGAGAGUGAGCUAUAAAGAAGCAAAGCGGGCGGCAAAGAAAGCGGUAACGGAGGAAAAAACCAUGGUUAUGAGAAUUUCUAUUGGAAGCUUGAUACUAAAGAGGGGGAAAAGCAGAUUUUUAAGUUGGGGGCCAAAGGAGGAGGAUAAGCUUUUGUCUGACGUCCAAAGACCACUGGAAGAUGGGUCAGCGAGUGUUAUUACCACAAGAGAAGUAGGAGAAGCUCUCAAAAAGACGGGGAGAACGAAGGCAGUCGGGCCAGAUAACAUCCCGAUUGAGGUGUGGAGGGGUCUAGGAGAAGAGGGCAUUCGUUGGCUGACGAACCUCUUUAAUACGAUCCUGAAGACACAUAGGAUGCCAGAAGGAUGGAGGAACAACACAUUCAUACCUCUGUUUAAAAACAAAGGCGAUGCACAAGUAUGUGGGAAUUAUAGAGGUAUCAAACUUUUAAGCCACACUAUGAAAUUGUGGGAAAGGGUGAUAGAGAGGCAAAUUAGACAGGAAGCGGUGAUUAGAGAGAACCAAUUCGAUUUUAUGCCAAGAAGGUCAACAUUAGAGGCAAUCCAUGUUUUGAGGAGAAUGAUGGAGAAAUAUAGGGAGCGGAAGAAGGAUUUACAUAUGGUGUUCAUUAACUUGGAGAAAGCGUAG